GGUGGUGCACUAUCUACAUCUUUCCCUUCCUCGCCAUCGUCGAGUCAACAAACCCACUUGUUUUAACCUUUCUUCUGACCGCCAAAUCUCCUGCUAUCUUUCCAUCUACCGCGGGUCAGUUUGUGCCAUGUCUUUCGUCAAGCUCAGCAUAUUUGGCACCUCUUUCGAGGUCACUACUCGCUAUGUCGAUCUGCAGCCUGUUGGAAUGGGGGCAUUCGGCCUUGUCUGCUCUUCUAAAGAUCAACUCACUGGGUCUUCUGUUGCCAUCAAGAAGAUUAUGAAGCCCUUCAGUACCCCAGUUUUGAGUAAGCGAACAUACCGUGAGCUCAAGCUCCUCAAGCACAUACAACACGAGAAUAUUAUCAGCCUUAGCGAUGUGUUCAUCUCGCCACUUGAAGACUUAUACUUUGUUACCGAACUACUUGGAACCGACCUCCAUCGACUGCUGACGUCGCGACCCCUGGAGAAGCAGUUUGUCCAAUACUUCCUAUAUCAGAUUCUGCGUGGACUAAAAUAUGUUCACUCCGCGGGCGUGGUGCACCGAGACCUCAAACCCAGUAAUAUUCUUGUGAACGAGAACUGCGACUUGAAGAUCUGCGACUUCGGAUUAGCCCGAAUUCAGGACCCCCAAAUGACGGGCUAUGUCUCUACGCGAUAUUACCGCGCCCCUGAAAUUAUGUUGACCUGGCAAAAGUACGAUGUCGCUGUGGACAUUUGGAGCACAGGCUGCAUAUUCGCAGAGAUGCUCGAGGGCAAACCCUUAUUCCCAGGAAAAGACCAUGUCAAUCAGUUUUCCAUAAUUACGGAGCUAUUGGGGACCCCUCCAGAUGAUGUCAUCGAGACUAUCGCAAGCGAAAACACCCUCCGUUUUGUUCAAAGUCUGCCCAAACGCGAGCGCGUGCCUUUCAGCCAAAAGCUCCGAACUACAGAUGCGGAUGCCUUGGAUCUUCUAGAAAAGAUGCUCGUCUUCGACCCUCGGAAACGCAUAGAUGCUGCGGAGUCACUGGCUCAUGAGUAUGUGGCACCAUAUCAUGAUCCGACCGACGAGCCUGUGGCUUCUGAGAAAUUUGACUGGAGCUUCAAUGAUGCCGACCUCCCCGUUGACACGUGGAAGGUCAUGAUGUACAGCGAGAUUUUAGAUUUCCAUCAGGUUGGGGACACGUCCACAUCAGCGGGCGGCAUACCCGAAGGUGCACUGGCAGGGCCAGAAGCACCAGUAGGAACUACACCAGCAAAGUGAAUCUUCACACAGUCCCAUCUUGUUUUCAGCUGGAUGUCUGUUUUGACGUGAUCCCUAUACGUGCAAGUUCUUUUUUCUUCCGCUGCAUUACAGGAGUGCAGGUUUUUGGAGCUCCCUCGGACACAAAUCAUUCACUACUACUAUCUCUUUCAGAACCAAUCACUUGUAAUGUCUUCAAUUUUACAUAAUAAGCAAGCAGGAUUGUAUGUACCAAUAUCUUUUCGAAUACACGCAGGGGUAGAACUACUCACAAGUACCCAAAUUCGCGUAGAAUUGUUGCAGAUACAUGAACGUUAACCACA